UGACCCAGUAUUAUUUUGGUUAUCUUCCUAUUUGUUAAUUUUCUCCUAUUUGUUUAUUUUUAUUAUAAACUUGCAUACCAGCCACACUCAAGCAAUUGGAAAAGUAUGCUUUUAACACUGAAUUUAAGAUAUAAAAUGUAUGAAUGUCUGAUGUCUAAUUUGUGUGUCUUUGCAGAAUAAACAGCUUUGAAGAUGGGGACUCCUGUGAUCCUUAAGAUCGUCUUGACUGAUGGCAGCUCUCAGAGGUUGACUCUUUCCCAUGGACUCCCUGCAUCCAUUGAUGACCUUAUGAUUGAAGUCAAGAAACAGUGUGGACUUCAGGGCAAUUUUCGACUUCAAUUUAUGGAUUCCUUGUUUGGAAAUGAGUUCCUCAACCUUACCUCAAUUUCAGAAGUAGAAGACAAAGGUACUCUUAGAGUCAUUGAUAUGCCAAUGCCCCCAACUUUGCCGUAUAAUAAUGAGAUGGGUUCUCCAGUCCUAAUACCCCAAGCAUUCAACCCUUUGUCUUCCUCUGUAAGUGACUCUUCGUCCCUCUCAGCUGAAUCUGUGGAUACAGAUGUACUGUCGUCGAGUGAGUCGAUGAGCUUGCGGUCUUCUUGGCCAGCUGUUUUUCAUGUGCCUAAGUUCUCCUAUGAUGCUGAAUUAAAACUUCAGCAGGCAAGUUUAGCCUAUAUUCGAAACGGCACUGUACUGAUUCCAGAUCCCAAGUUGAAGUCAGCCAUCCUUGAUGGUUUAGUACAGGAAAUUGUGCAGUAUAAAGUUUAUGUCAGUGAUAAGGAGAUGGAACAGGUAGCUCAGAGUCUUAUCAAGACACAUCCAUGUUUAACUGAGAAGGGGUCCUGCAGUGGAUGUGGCGGAUGUAAGACCAGUUUAAAAUAUAAACUAUCUAACUACCGCACACGCCUGAAAAAACUGGGUUGCCCAGAGGUAACAGUGAACUCUUUAAAAAACAAACCUGCAGGAAGAUGCAGUGCAGCCUUUGGUGUCAAAAAGGCAAAGAGAGCAGAGGUGAAUUUUUGCCCGACAUACCCAACAGCAGAAACUGAGGAGAGUCUUGAGGCUAUGCAGAAAGCUCUACUAUUAGAUGUAAAGAGGAACAACAGGGAGGUUGUGAAACUCAAGAUGGAAAAGACUUUUGCACACAGAAGACAUGAAGUAGUUCGUGAUGGACCAAUGGUGGAGGAUUUCAUGGCGAGGUGGCCUGCCCUAUUUGACGUCACUGAGAUCAACGCUGAAUUCAAGAGAAUCACCACCGUCCCACUUCAAUCCAAGUUCCUGUCUCAGCUGGAUCUCCACUCUGACAACCUGAUGAGGCUGUUCCAAAACAGAGGAGGACAGCUAGGGAAAAGGCUACAAAGAAUCAUUGCACAAAUGGCAGAUUGUGAUGAUGUAGAUACUGGACGAGAGUGUAUCAUUAAGGGAGUCUGUAUCUACAUGGGUGAAGAUCCAGAAAACCUUGUGCGGGAAUAUGUGGGCAUGGAUAAAGACGCCAUCAAUGAGGCUAUUGAAGACACCAUUGUUGGGAUUUUUGUUCUUAAAGAACAUGCUUCAAGUGAUGAACCAGAGGACAUUGGAAUCGUCCUUGAAGGCAUCAAGGUGUUGCAAUAUCUGGAUACGGUAGCAUUAGCUGUUGCUAUGCUGUUCGGACUGAUUUAUGCCUUAAACCUGAGUUACCCUGCUGACCUCCGGUACACCUUCGAGGUAGUCCAAAAGAUUUUCAUGGAACUGGAUGGAAGUAAACUUUCUAACAAAACACUGGCUCUAAAAAACCGGCUCUUUCAGUAAAAGGGUCAGGAUACACUGCCAGCAACAUUAGACCACAAGACAUUUGAAUUGUCGUCAAAGACAACUUUGGUAUUGUUAUACCAUUUGGACUGCUUUUAUAUUUUCUCUUGACUACUGUUUAAAAAUGGGUUGUUAACAUUUUCAUUUACUGGUCUGAGUCACCUUAAACCUCUGCAAUAUAUUGUAUUUGAUGCUUUGAAUACUCUCACAACUCCGUAUACAAGGUUAAGAGAUCUAUAUAUUUGUUCCUUAGUUAAAAACAAAUGUUUACGAAGUGUUGAUGUUUACUUUUUUCAUAAAGAUAUACUGUUAGCACAGUAAAAAUGGUGUAUGCAGGGUCAGAUGUAAACUGUCUAAUAAAGCACUGGCUCUAAAAAACAGGCACGUCAGAG